AAGCCCUCUUUGUUUCUAUAUCUCGCCAAGCACUGCUUAUUUCAAAUCAAUUUCCACUGUUUUUUUGUUUUGUCAGCGUUGGUUCGAAAUCCAAUCUGAACCAUAAUGCAUUGUGCAACCAUAUCCUCCGCGAUUCCCUUUAGUUGCUUCAGCUCCACUUCAACUUCUACUUCUACUUCUCCAACUGCAACAUUACUCACUAAACGGAGAUUGAAGCCUUGGCCUAAGCCUCAAAUUGAAACCAAAAUGUUAUCUUUUCAGAGAAAAGGAUCAGUGAGAGCCACCAUUUCAAUAGAGAAAGAAACCCCAGAAGCUGAGCGUCCCGAAACAUUUCUCAAAGACACCGAUGAGGCCCUUUCUUCGUCUUCGGUGAGGGCCCGCUUUGAGAAGAUGAUAAGGGAAGCUCAAGACAGUGUGUGCGAUGCCAUUGAGGUUGCUGAUGGUGGGGCCAAGUUUAAGGAGGAUGUUUGGUCGAGACCCGGUGGUGGCGGUGGCAUAAGUAGGGUUCUUCAAGACGGUGCCGUUUGGGAGAAGGCUGGGGUUAAUGUCUCUGUUGUUUAUGGUGUCAUGCCACCUGAAGCUUAUCGUGCUGCUAAAGCUGCAGCUGAUCACAAACCUGGUCCUGUUCCAUUUUUCGCAGCUGGAAUCAGCUCUGUUUUGCAUCCCAAGAACCCGUUUGCCCCAACAUUACAUUUCAAUUAUCGCUAUUUUGAAACUGAUGCUCCUCAAGAUACUCCUGGAGCACCUAGACAGUGGUGGUUUGGCGGGGGAACUGACUUGACACCUGCUUACAUUUUUGAGGAGGAUGUUAAGCACUUCCAUUCUAUUCAAAAACGUACUUGUGACAAGUUUGAUCCUACUUUUUACCCCCGAUUCAAGAAAUGGUGCGAUGACUACUUUUAUAUCAAGCAUCGAGGUGAAAGGAGAGGGCUUGGAGGAAUAUUUUUUGAUGAUCUGAAUGACUAUGAUCAGGAGAUGCUACUUUCCUUUGCUACUGAAUGUGCAAAUUCUGUUGUUCCUGCUUAUAUACCUAUCAUCGAGAAAAGGAAGGAUUUGCCCUUUACAGAUCAUCAGAAAGCAUGGCAACAGUUACGAAGAGGACGAUACGUUGAAUUCAAUUUGGUGUAUGAUAGGGGUACAACAUUUGGACUAAAAACUGGAGGCAGAAUAGAGAGCAUUCUUGUUUCUCUCCCACUGACUGCACGAUGGGAAUAUGAUCAUAAACCUGAAGAAGGAAGCGAAGAAUGGAAACUCCUAGAUGCGUGCAUUAACCCGAAGGAAUGGAUCUAACUUACCAGUUAAUCCCUGCCCCAAUUUGUCAGCUUUUUUAAUAAUAAGAGAGCUUGUUUCUUUUUCGGUGUAUAUCAAGUGCUCGUUAAGAUGAGUCACAACUGUUAGCUUCUACUUGGUAGAUUGUAAAUCACGUGUCAUCUAUGUAAAGCGUGAAAUGCAGAAAAUUACAGAUGUCUAGACCGCAUCUGUACCUUACCUUCUGUGCCAACCAUUAUUCUUAAGUACCUAUAUAACAAAACAAAGGCAGCUUCUUCA